AUGGACAACGACUGUUCAAUUGCAGAUGAUAAUUUAACGAUGGACGCUGAAGAUAGUCUACCAGCGAUUCAUCUGCAGUCAGGAGCGGGUUCUGGUGUGGGUGAUGAACCGGGUCAAGUACUGACGACCGUACAGCCUCCGUCACCGUCACAAAUGGAGACUAAUGAUGAACUCUCGUUUGGAACGCAAAUCAUGAUGUUGGAACAAAAAGAGUUGCAAACUGAGAAUGUGGAAGAGUUGUCAGCACAAUUCUACUCACAAUUGCUGGCAUAUUAUUUGAUUGAACAGAACUGGGUGAAGGCACGUUUGUGUAGAAUGCGAGCGAAUGCGUGUUCGAAUGAUGCUCAACUGAGUGUUAUUAUAGCGAUCUCGAAGCAUCUCGAGAACGGUGAGACUGGAGCCGCUCUCAAACUCAUAAAAUCCUACAAUUUCGUGGGAUUAUUCAAGUGA